CUGCAUUUCACGCGGCGGCGGCGGCGGCUGACUAGGAGCUCGGAGGAAUUUUUCCUGGACCUGGUCAAGCGAGUAGCCAAGUUGUUGUGUAAACUACAGCCCUGCAUGUGUUCUGCGUGACGACUAAAGUCAGGCCACAGCCUAGAUUAAUAUUAGAUUUGCCAGUGAUGUGGACAGUGUACCUGUGAUACCAUUUGAUCACCAGAAAAUCAGGGCAAGCACAGAAGUGCCCAGCAGGAUGAAGGCCCCAUUGGGAAAGCUCCUGGAGUGAGAAUCAAAACAGCUGGAUCACAUUGCUGAUCACGUGACAGAGGAAAAGGUGUCCUGCUGAAUCUGGAGUUCCUUUGAUUGGGCUAGACUGGCUGGCCAUCAAGCCCCAGGGAUCCUCCUGUCUGACUCUCCAGAGCUGGGAUUACAAGAGCAGUUCCACACCUCAGUGGAUUUCUCUUGACAAUUGUCUCUUUCCUGUAAUUCAAGGAGUGGCCUUCUGCUCAGCAUCACAGCCAGGGUGGAGCCUUCUCUGAGCCACUUGCCUUUGAGUUCUGCCUCACCAGUCCUGGGGGAGGAGCUGCAUUCAGCAGGCUGCAGCUGACAAGAAGCUUCAAGCCUUGGUUAAUAUCAAAGUUGUAGUCUGUGUGUGAUACGGCUUGAGCCCAGAAAGGCAGUGCAAGCACAGAAGUACCCAGCAAGGUGAAGGCUCUUCUGGGAAAGCUCCUGGAGUGAGAAUCACGGCAGCUGGAUCACAGGGCCAGACCAGCACAGUCCAUGUGAAGGAGGAGUUGUCUUACUCAAACAACAUGUUCAAGUAUCCUGGGGAAAUUUUUGUGGAAGAGAACAGGGCACAUAAGCCAUAAAGUCUUUGUAGUUCUAAAUCAAAAGAAACUUUAAUAAGACUGUUGUUUGAUAGCACUUGUAUUUGUUGUCACAAGGGCAGCCAAUCUCAAUCUCUAAUAAUAAUUACUAAUAACUACUUGGUGCACUAAUCUAAAUAAUAAUGGAUGCUGAAUAUGUCCUGUGUAAUUGGAAAGACCAGUUAUGGCCAGCAAAAGUUUUAUCCAGAUCUGAAACUUCAUCAAACACUAAGAAAAAAAUGACAUUUUCCCUAGAAGUUCAAAUACUCUCACUUGAUGAAAAAAUUACAGUGGACAGCACAGAAGCAAAGGUCCUAAGUAAAUCCGAAAUUGAAACCAUUAUGUCCUCACUAGCAGUACAGUCAGAGGUCAGAGCUUUGCCUAGAGAGGAAACAGCCUAUGAAAGAUCACUAAAAGCAGCACUGGAAAUCCUGAAAGAGAGAACAACUUUGAGUGAAGAAAGAAUGUCGGAUGAAGAAGAGACCACUGCAUUGUCUGAAAAUGUGCCACAAAAUUUGUCUGAUUCACCUCCUCAUAAGAAAUAUCGGAAACAGGAAGGCAACGUCUACAAAGACCCAACACCUGUGUUCAUAUCUUCGCCUAACAAUGAUUGUCUAUCUGAUGAUAAGUCCCAGUUGCACACAACCACUGAUGGUAUUUCAAAUGAAAUGGAAACAAAGUCAUCACAAAACUUCAGCUUGUGCCAAAGUUACCCAUCACUUUCUGAUGACGAUGAUGAUAAAAAAGAGGAAAAGAAAAAGAUCGAAAUUUCAGCAGUUUCAUCUGUGAAUUUCUCAUUCAAAGAGGAGAGUGACUAUGUCAAAGAAGAAAAGUAUACUCCUUCAUCAGAUGGUCUCCGUGUGCCCAAAGCUGUGAAAGAGGAGGAACAAGAUGACCACCCACAUGUCCCAGCUAUGUCCUCUGAAUGUUCCACCUUCUCCGAGAACAAUAUGGAAGAUCCGGGAGAGGGCCCAUCGAACGUGAAUCCUUGCACCUAUGCCAGCCAGAAUCAAUCUUCUGUGGAAUCAGAUGUGGGUGCUGAGAUAUCCCCUGCAGGGUGUUCAGGGGAAUAUCAGGUUUCGCUACCUGCCUCUCAUCCUGUCCACAGUGAUUUCCUACGUCAGAGACUGGAUUUGGAAGAUCUUGAUGAGGAAGCUCGAGCUUCUGGCAAAUUGCUGGAGCUAAAUCCUGUUACUGCGGCUGCAUUAGAAAAUGAUGAGAAUGAAGAUGAUGAAGAGCUUCCACGGUUCAUUCUUUGUUAUGAAACACGUGCAUUUGAAGAAGGCAUGAUAGUAUGGUUUAAAUAUCAAAAAUACCCAUUUUGGCCAGCAGUGAUUAAAAGUAUCAGGCGAAAAGAGAGAAAAGCAAGUGUACUUUUUGUUGAGGCAAACAUGAAUCCUCAAAAGAAAGGAGUUAGAGUAUCUUUCAGACAGUUAAAAAAAUAUGACUGCAAAGAGAAACAAGCACUAGUGGAGAAAGCCAGGGAGGAGUACCGUGAUAGUAUUGACUGGUGCAUCUCCCUGAUUUGUGACUACAGAGUUAGAUUAGGUUGUGGUUCUUUUUCGGGCACUUUCUUUGAGUAUUAUGCUGCUGACAUUAGUUAUCCUGUCAGGAAAAUAAUCAAACAAGAUACCUUCAGAAAUAUCUUCCCAAAGCUAUAUGAUGAAGACACAAUGGAGCCAAUGACUGUGGCAUCUCACACCAAGAGAAUGACCUUCCAGAAAAUUCUCCCUGACCGUAUGAAGCCCGCUCGGGACCGAGCUAACAGAAAUCUAGUCAAUUUCAUCGUAAAUGCAAAAGGAACAGAGGAUCAUCUGCUGGGCAUUUUAAAAGGCACAAAAAAAUCCAAAUGGCUGAAAUCAUUUUUGAAUGCAAAGAGUUUUACACCCUGCAUUGAAACCUACUUUGAAGAUGAAGAUCAAUUAGAUGAAGUGGUGAAGUAUCUACAAGAAAUCUAUAAACAAAUAGACCCGAAGAUGCUAAUCCAGAUAAAAAAUGACAAAAUUAAGUUCAUCAUGGAAGUUCUUCUGCCAGAAGCAAUUAUCUGUUCAAUUUCUUUUGUCGAUGGGUUAGAUUAUGAGACAGCUGAGGCAAAGUACCUGAAGGGACCAUCUCUAGGCUAUAGGGAGAGAGAGUUAUAUGAUUCAAAAAUCAUAUUUGAAAAGAGACGGAGGUCAUUAGCAAAUGAAGUUCAGUAGUUGUCCCACGAGUCGAAACCGUAAGAGGAGCUUUGGUGGAUAGCGCAUUGAAAAAAAAAAAUUCUCUAGAAGUUCUCACAUGUAAAUAUUUUCUGAAAAUGAGAGAAUUGAGAUAACAUAUUCCUUUUCUUUUGUGAAAAUCUGUAGGAGCUGUAGAUACCACUACAUGUUUUUUUCCAUGUGCUUCUUCGGAUUCAGUUUUGUCAGUAUAUUUUAACGGUUUGAUUUAGAAUGCACAAUUAUUAAGUGACUUUAAGUGAAAGUACUAUUUUGUUUACGAUAUUUUUGUGUCUUUGCUUAUAAAGUUCAAUAUAGUGUGUAAACUCGGUUUAACAAAAUUGCACUGGUGUUAGAUAUUAAGUGAGAGUAUCAGAAAAAAAUGUCUGAAAAAUACCAGUUAUAUAUAUUUUUGCUUGAUUUUUUAUAAGAUACUAAGUUUUCUCUUAAGAUAGUUGAAUUAUUUUUCCUGCCAUGCCUAUUUAUUUUUGGGAAAAGUAUCUCUGAAACAUAGAACCAAAGAUAGAUAAAUGUCGCUAUAUAUCAUAACUAUCCACAAUUAUUUUGCAAGAAAAACAAUCUAAAAGUUGAAAAAUAAAUGGGUUAUCUGCAUGUAAUCUAUACGCAUGUGUUUAACAUCUCAGCAUGCAGAAAAUAAAUCUGGCAGCCUUGAACAAAAUUGUUCAUUCUAUACUUCCCUGAAAUUCCAUUUUCUGGAAGUCUCUGUCUUUUAAAACAGUAUAGUUUCUUAAACCAGAUAGGCUUUAGCCUGUCUUCAUAACAGUGAGUGAAACUUCUUAGAUAUAGCUAUUUGAGCACAUGUAGAAGGCAGCUACAAUCAGCAUAUCAACAGUUUGGCUACAUUAGAGUCCAGGCUUGCUGCUUCAGAGGCCAUCUGAUUUGAUGUAAACUAGAAAAAAGCAAGCACUGUAUUGUGAAUCUUGUCUCCAAAUAUAAAGUCAUUUGUCUCCAACCAAGCAAGCUUUAGCUUCUGGCUUAUUUGUAGAAUGGUUCCAUUGGUUCCCAUAACAUAAAUGUGAACUAGUAAAUCAUUCCAACCAACUGGAUGGACCAGAAUCUGGAAAUUGGAAAAAAAAAGUUACAAAAAAGUUUUCCACUUGCUAAAUGUGAUAGGUAUCUGCAUAUGGUUUGAUAUUCAAAAUUAGAAGUGUUUAACUGAUACAAUCGCUUACUGUAACUUGAAACAAGAUUUUUAUAAGACUUAAUCUUAGAAAAGCUAGUUUAUAUUAAAACCUUGAUGUGAAAAGAAGUACUAAGGGCUUAACACAAACCUAUCUGUAUUUUUACCUCUCAGAGUGAGAUAACUUUCACUCUUGGGCUCUUGUUUUGUGUUCACAUGGCUAUAUGUUUAUGUAAACUUUGCAAAACUUUGGUAUUUGAUUUAUAAUAAAACCAUACUAUACUUCACCUUAGAUGUUCAUUUCACUUUAGUUUGUACAGCUUCAUAGUGGUGUUUGUGUAAAUUAAUAUAUAUGCAUAUAUUAAACACACAGAAUUUGUUUGGAA